AUGGGCAUCAAGUUUUUACCACAUCCCACCUACUUAAUGUCGUGGGCCGCUAUUGUCUUUUUUCCGAGGCUGCUGAAACAGAUGGUGAUUAUCGCCAGCGCAGUGAUGAUAGUGCACAUUUUCCAAGAAUUUCUCAGGAUCCCCCCAGAUGGGAUUUACUAUGAGAAGGAUUUCGACAUCUGCAAAAAACGCUACGCCUGGAGACAGCCACUGCUGGGGUUUGAGCCUGACUGGUAUCCCUUCUUGACGAGUCAUGACUUGUUCUGGAGCAGCUCCACCCCCGCACCAAGCGAGGUUGAUAUAGUCCUCCAAGGACUUUAUCUUCCAUUUGGAUUGAAGGACACAGACGUUGUUGCAUUAGACACUUUGCAACUGAUCCCUCAGCAGAACAUGCCAAAGUCUAUUUCAAGCCUCCACUGCAAACGAUGCAUUGUGGUAGGAAACGGUCACACCCUGCUUGGGCGACGUUUGGGGAAGUUCAUCGACUCUCACCAUGUCGUCAUCAGAAUAAACGAUGCCCCUCUGAAAGGUUACGAGGAUGACGUUGGCAAGAAAACAACCUUCCGCUUCUUCUUCCCCGAGUCAGCGUUGCCCGACCCUAUGGAAAACAGCGACAAUGACACCAUCUUCAUCCUUGUCCCGUUUAAGACGUUGGACUUCCGCUGGGUGAAGGAGGUGCUUCAGAACAAGAACAAGAUGGAGGAGGAGAAGCAGACUCUGGCUGGGUUUUGGCGCCCGCCCCCUAAUGAAUGGAAAGGCAAAGCCUCCCACCUGCGCAUAAUGAACCCCUAUGUUACCUUCGAAACGACAUACAGAUUCCUCCAACUGAACCCGAAGGCUCAGAGACAUCCCACCACUGGCCUCAUUGCAGUGAUUUUCGCCCUCCACAUAUGCCAAGAAGUGAACAUUGUGGGGUUUGGCUACCCGCUGGAGAAAGACUGGAUCUCCCCUGUUCAUUACUAUGGCAUUGAACGCUUCAGUAAAGAUGUGAAUAGGAUACACAACAUUACGGCGGAGCAGGAAUGGCUUUGGAAGAUGCGAGAGCGGGAGAUGAUCUCUGAUGCGUCACACCCUCCUACUCCCUGGGUCUGGGGGCCGCGAUCGCAGUGGUAA